AUGCGAGAUAGUAACAUUGAAAACAUUGCCGAUUCACCGACAAAUGAUACAGCAUAUGACAUUGAUACAUUUUACGAUAUGAAGCAGCAUCUGCUAGCAGAACGUACAGAAGUGAAGGCUAUCGAAAUGCUGCAGAAGCUGCUUUCUCAUAAUGUUGAGCAUAUUGACUGGGAUGCAUUUCCGGAUUUGAAAGAUUUGAUCAUUUGUAUUCUUGAUACUGUUGGUAUAGUUUCUUUAACUGAGAAACACCAAAUCCUGGUCUUGAAUGGAAUAAACAAUAGCCAUCCAAAAGUUGUCGAUGUGCUUGUCGAUUAUUACAUACGACAUAUUGACGAAGUCGAUGAAAUGCUUUCCAAUUCACAUAUUGCUGUAACAAUUGCAUUUGCGCGACGAGUUUGUGAUUUCGAUUGCGCUGGAUCGAUAGCUGUUCUUUUGACACGCUUCGCUUCACUAAAAUUGGUGCAAGAUGAAUUGUUGAAUCAACUAAAUUCAAAUCGUGCUGAAGUUCGAUUUCGAAUACACCAGGUUACAACUUUGGCGAUGAAGGAAGGAAACGAUUUGCAUAAAAUCGGAAAUCUGAUCAGUCGAUUAGCGGAAGAACUUGAAUCAAAUGAUAUUUUAAUUCAAAUCAAUGCUGUGGAAAUGUUUGCCGAUGGUGCUUCCCAGAAAAUAUCAACUGCAAAAUAUUUAUUAACGACAGGCAUAGUUGACCACCUUAACAGAUUGUUUGUUCAAUGCAUGGAACAGCCGGAUGCAGGUUUUCUUUAUCCUGCUCUUAUCAAGUUUUUUGGACAUCUUUCUGUGGCCAGUGUGGAGUGUCUGUCUCAGUUUCCGAAAUUUCUGGAUUCACUGUUAGAUUUGAUUUAUCAUUUUGAUCGAUUGGAUGCUUCAUUACGUCUACUUGCUUUUGAUACGCUGGCCGCUGUGGGGUCAACCGAUCGUGCUAAGAAAUUUCUGGAUAGACAGCAUAAUAAUUGUACGCAGUGUGACAUGAGAAGAGCAAUGAAUGCAUUUGGUGUAGCUAUUGCAACUGGACCACUCGAUUUGCGAGUACGACAUAUCAGUGCCUUAUCAAUGAUGUUAGAAGUCAAAGAUGAGGUUGAGGAUGCCGAUGCAGAUGCAGUCGCACAGAAGUGGUUCAACUGGCUCGGUGAAAAUUUUCCGUCAGUUAUAAUUUCUUAUCUCAGCAAGCCUUUUAAUGAUAUUCGAAUAUCAUCUCUACGACUACUUUUGACACUUUUCGACCAUAAAUGGGCAAUUCGCAUAUUUUAUUUCGGUGCCGGCUUUAUGGUAGCUAUCUUAAAUCGGAAUACUGAAAGAAAUGCUGAAGGUAAACAGUGCAAGUAUGAUGUCAUUUGCAAACUUAUCGAUAGCUCAGAUUCAAUAAUUUCACUAGAAGAUAUGAUGAAGCUGAAAAUGUACCGUCGUGAGGGAGCAUUUUAUGUUGAAAGAAACCCGCAGGUUGAUAUGGAAAAUGAUUAA